AUGAGUCUCCUUCGCAAGAAAGAGGAGAACUUCACCCUCUGCACCGCCAUUCCAAACUUUGUCCCUCGAGAUCUCGCCAUUGAAGUGUUACAUAACCACCUUGAGAUCAUCACAGCCGAUCCUUUAAUAUCCGAGUAUCGUAUCACAUCUGCUCCGAAACCAUCACCAUCAGAUCCGAUAGCAACCGUAUCACCACACAAGAACCAUGAACCAGUCUGGUAUGCACACAAGGAUCAAGAAACAGUCUGGUAUGAAUUCACGGAACGUGUACAAUACACUCCCGGAAAAGGGAAGCCAAGCACCGGCAUGAUCAAAUACGCCAGCAGUUUCACAAACACGCCCGUCGGCCUGCACACUCAAACUCAAGCACCAACCGGCGUCCAGAUCCGCGUAAAAUACCUCGUGACUGAGACCAACCCAUCCAGCUCGACCGCGUUCCACAACAGCUUCAUUGGGACUGAGAACCUCUUCAUCGUGCCCGGCUUACAUCUGCGUGCGGACAUCGAGAUCGACGGAAGUCUAGCCUCCGCGGAGCGUGUGCGGACACAAUGCCGCGCAGUCAUCCGCGAAGUCGUGGACCGCAUGGCACAUAGAGCCAAGAGCAUGGCCCUGGCUAGCCGUCGUCGGAGCAUGCAAUUGCGUGUGAACACGAUCGACACCAUCAGACCCACAGGCGCCGGUGGCCGGGAUUCCCCUUGCGAAAUCUCAAAACGGGUGAGUGCCCAGGCACCGAUGCUCGUCGAGCAGCAGCAGCAAUAUCCCGCCGGCAGCAGACCCACUCUCCAAGUCAGCAUGCCGCCCAUGGUAUCGCGUCGUUAUAGUUCCCUCAACGCGACCAAAUCGCAUAUCCCCCUCUCCGCGACCACCCCAUGCAGUCCGCCGAUCGAAUUCCCGCCUCGAAGCAAAUCUUCAUUCGACAUCCGCGCAUCCUGGCCGAGACGGUCUUCCACAGGAAUGGUCAUAUCCGAACUUCCCGCGGGAAACCUCGCUCCCCGCUCAAUCAGCACCAUCAACACCUCGUCCUCUGAGUCGCUGAAUAUCAACUCCGCCGUCUCCUCCGCCCACUCGCCUUACAGCCGUGGCGGCUCCAGUAACGCCAGCUCGGCGGUGGAGAGUCCCUGCACCGCGCUUUCCAGUCCCGCCGAGGACCCCGCACGACGCUGCAUCGCCACAGCGAUCUCCUCUUCACCCUACAGCAGCGACAGCGACAGCGGCAAAGCACGCCUGGCAACUCCCUCGCCGAACUCCGCCAUCCCACCUUCUCCCGUCCGCGCUCCCCCUUCGCCGCCGAUUUCCCUCACCCAAGCCCAAGCGAACCGCAUGUCGCUCUCAAAGCUCAUCACCCUGACCAGCCCGCGCCUCGACGCCGACCUCUCCGAGAGAGAGAAAUUCCCCGUUGCUCGGCCCAGCAUCCCCAAACGCCCGCGCACCGCACUCGACCUCGCCGCCUUCGCGCUCGCGGGUCAAGGCUCGAUCAAGCGGCGCACCGGCGAGAGCGUGAGCCGACCGCGCAACGUGGGCCGCCGGAUGCGCGCGGAAGCUGCAGCCGCAGCGAAGGCGAAAGCCGCCGCUGCUGCGGAGGAAGAGAAAGCCCAGAUGAAGAGAGAGAAGAGAUAUACAUUCCCCGCUGCACCGCAGAAGGUGGCGUCGGAUGUGGUGGGCGAUGAGAAAGAGGACCUGCCGCCUUCUUUGCGCAUCGGUCGACCGUCGUCCGUGGGCAUGAUGGCGGUGGGGGUCAACGUCGACCGGUUGCAUUGGGAUACUAUGAGGAGUGGACUCGCGGGACUUGGGAUCACUGCGUGA